GUAGUGGCUGUAGAGCUGUAGCUGGCGUGUGUGAGUACCUGGUGUGUACCCAUGUUAGGAAAGCAGUGCCCUCUAAACAAACCCUCCAUUCCUCCGCCUUGUCAUCUCCCGGUCUCUGUUCUGAGGUUAGAGGUGUGAGGCCAGGUCGCUUAAAAAUGUAGGGGCGUGUGCUUGCUUAUGCAAGAGCGUUCUGUGCAUGAGCCCGCUGUAUCGAAGGUAGCGCCGGGCAUAUGCGAGACCGCAUGUAAGCUUUGCGAUCUGCGUCGGUGAAUGAGCGGUUUCUUCAAAAAUUCGCUGAGAAGUCAUUCAAGAAUGGGAGCGUUAAUAUCCGUGAUCUUGUACACGGUGAAUUCCUACUUGCGAGAACCGGUCAGCCGUAAGCACCCAUUCGGUUUUCCCUUGCCUCCCGAGAUCCACAAAACUCUCACUCCGGACUAUAUUGAGUCUUUUAAACAAGUCUUCGUCGUCGGAGACGUGCAUGGUUGCUACGAGGAGCUCAUGGAUCUCCUUGCUGUGGCUAAGGCCAGAGAUAACGACACGCUCAAGUUGUUUGUUGGCGAUCUCGUCAACAAGGGACCCAGAAGUGAAGAUGUUCUCGAGUUUCUGAUGAACAACCGUUCCUCAUGUCACUCCGUCCGUGGCAAUCACGACGAGGUGGUGCUCAAGGAGUACUAUGCCUCACGCAACCCAAUGUAUGCUCUUCCUGCGGAGAAUAAUUGGAUUAAACAGCUCACAGUGCCCCAAAUUCGUUACCUCGAGGAGCUUCCCUACACUCUGAUUAUGCCAAGCCUCAACACUGUCAUUGUGCAUGCCGGUCUUGUUCCUGACCAAGGACUGGGCACAUCGCUGGUGGACAUGGUCACCAUGCGAAAUGUCAUUAUUAAUGAUUUCUGGGAGAAGGGUGGCAUCAGGGCCACCUGCAAGGAUGAAGAACAUGCUGAACCGUGGGGCCAGGUGUGGAAUGGGCCGCAUCAUGUCAUCUUUGGCCACGAUGCCAAACGCAAGCUCCAGAAGUGGCGCCACUGUACGGGACUUGACACUGGGUGUGUCUAUGGCAAUGCACUUACAGGCAUAUUCAUCACUGGAGAUAGGGCUGGUGAACUGGUGUCAGUGAAUGCCAAAUGCACCCACCAGAGGCCUAGGGACAAGCGGAAGUGACUGACUUUCUUUCUUU